AUGGCCAUCACCAAGACAAAAGUUAUCGCUAUUGGAGCAGGAGGCCUUUUAGGCCCCCACAUUGUCGCCGCACUCGAUGCGGACACUCGUUUUGCUGUGUCCAUUUUCCCCAACCAUUUGACGGUACACCGGACGGCGGAUUCCUAUCCGGCAGCCGAACUGCUGAGAGCAUUCAAAGGGCAAGAUGUUGUGGUGUCGACCAUCACCGCUCGAGAUGACAGCACCCAGCAGCAGAAAGCGUUCAUCGAUACGGCGGUCAACGCAGGUGUCAGACGCUUUGUCCCGUCGGAGUUUGUUCCCAGCAGGAGAAACAACAAGGCCCGGAAACUGUUACCCCAGUUUGUAACGCCGAAGUUGGAGACGGUGGAUUACUUGAGGAGCAAGGAACAGGAUGGGCUGGAAUGGACAGCGUUCGUGACGGGGAUGUUCAUCGACCCUUAA